GAGAGUGGCACAGCGCACGCGCCUCAGAACUCAACAGCUGCACGCAGUGAGGAGGACUCGCCAAGUAGAACAAAUAUGAUUCACAUUCAAACAAUUGAUUAGGUGAGCCGUCCACCGCCAGCGCAGAGAGAGGGAGGGAGAGGCGCUGCGUGAAAUGAAGAAGCUACCCGACACACAAACAGCGGCAGCCCAAAAAAAAAAAAGAAAAAGAAAAGCAGCGUGGCGGCUCACUCCUUCCUUUUCGCUAGUAGUAUAUCACUAUAGUUAAUACUAAUCCGGAAAUUCUGACUUGGCUCCUCUUCUUCCGGAACGUGCGCUCAACCUCGGAGAGAAAAUGCCAACCCACUCCCUGCUGCCCUUUGUGGACACCCCAGACGGGCUCCUGCAGGACAUCCCUAUUAGUAACAACGCGGGCGUCCCGGCGCCCGGCGGCAGCAUGACGCCGCAGGGCGCCUGCGUGGCCAAGGCCGGCUCGCAGCCCGACGACGGCGCGCAGCUUUCCUGCAUGUUCUGCGACCAGGCCUUCGCCGACCCGGAGGAGCUCGGGCCGCACGUGCUCCGCCAUCACCCCACCACCUUCUACGAGCCCACGGUGCUGCGGGUCGACGCGGAGUUCAGGAUCCCCGGGGAGAGGUCCCGGCCCAAAGCCGGCGCCCUCCCCGCCCCGAAGGAGGAGGCGCCCAGCUGCAUCGUGUGCGGGCAGGUGGCGCAGGACGCCGGCGAGCUGGAGGCCCACAUGAGGAAGCACAAGGACUACUUCACGUACUGCUGCAGCGUCUGCGGGCGGCGCUUCCGCGAGUCCUGGUUCCUGAAGAACCACAUGAAGAUGCACGUGAAACCGGGACCCAAGAGCAAAGCCGCCCUGGACCAGGAGGCCCCCUUCACCGUCAACGGCGUCACCCAGGAGCCGCCCGCCGAGCCCGUCCUCUCUCUCUACGAGAUGUGCAUGGUCUGCGGGUUUUUCUUCCCCGACCGCCACAGUCUGGCAGAACACAGCAAGGUCCACAACCGAGAGGCGGAGCCAGGCAGAGAUGAAGCCGCUGCCGAACCCCUCGCCAAACAGGAAGCGUUUUUAGGUAGCCUCAACCUUCGGCCCGCCUCUGCCAGCGAGCGUUUAAACGACGCGAGAUCAUCCAAGUGGGUUCCCCAGCUGGAUCCCUUUACCACCUACCAGGCCUGGCAGCUCGCCACCAAGGGCAAGAUCGCGGUCGGUCCCAACAACACCAAAGACAUUGGCCAGGAGCUCAGCACAGACAACGAGGACUGCGGCUCCGACAAGGAGGAGACGGGUGCGGCGUGGUCGGAGGGCCAGGCGGACAGAGCCGGGAAAGAGGCGCGCUCCCAGCAGCAGCAGGCCGCCGCAGAGGCCUCCAACCCGCCGCGGAGGUCGCUCAUGCAGAAACACAAGGACAAGGAGAGGCCGACCACAUGCGAGGAGUGUCAGAAAACCUUCAGGACCUAUCACCAGCUGGUCCUCCACUCCAGGAUCCACAAGCGGGAGCGAGGCGGGCAGGACAGCCCGACGUCUGCUGACGGGAGGCCGGCGAGGGCGGCCCCCGCCGAGCCGGCGGAGGAUGGACAGGAGGAGGCUUUAGAGGAACACUUAGUUUCAGGCGAAGAUGGUCUCGAACGAUCGAAAUUCAGAUCCAAAGAAUGCAAUUAUUGUCGCAAAUCAUUCCGGUCCAGUUAUUACCUCACAGUCCACAUGAGGACUCACACAGGUGAGAAACCUUACAAGUGCGCUUAUUGCAACUACGCGGCCGCUCAGAAGACUUCACUAAAAUAUCACUAUGAUCGUCGGCACAAAGACAAACCCUACGUGGAGAUCUCCAGUCGAUCUGUGCCUUCGCUGCCCUCGCCAGAUGGCCUCCCCGCCCCGAGCAGACCUAAGCUCUGGGACUCAGAAGCAGAUAGAAAACCCGAGGGUCGGGUCGCCGUCUUGGACAGCAAACCGGACGAGCGCGUUGAGCAAGUAAUGCCGACGCCCAGCGACCUGCAGGCGGGCCGUCCAGCAGCGGUCGACCUGAAGGAGGAGGAGGACGGGGACUCGGCGGCGCCGCUGAAUCUGUCCUUGAAGGCGUCCGUUUCAGCGGCCGCCGCUUCAGAAACCAGAUGUGCGGUAACGCCGACUUCCUGUUCGCUGUGCGCGUAUAAAACCCUUUACCCCGAGGUGCUCGCCAUGCACAAAAGGUUGCUGCACAAAGACAAACCGCAGAGCGCCAAAAAGAACGAGGGCGGCGGCAACGUGAAGCCGAGACGUCACACGGGCUGCCCCCCGGCUCUGGACGGCAAAGAUGUGGCCCCGUUCCAGACGGCGGACCGACCCCACCCUCGCCGGACCAAGUCUCCACCGCCACAGCCCCCCAGACCUCACGACGGGCCUCCUGUCGGCGCGCCCCAUGCCCAGAAGCGCUCCCCGGUCCCCGCAGCACGGCAGGACGCCGCCACGGGCCUCCAGCGCCACCGGCAGAACGCCGACCCCCAUCCCAGCCAGGAGGCCUCCAGGUACACAGAGGUGGUGAGGAAGACCGUCUCAGGCGGGAAGAGCGCCGCCGACAGGACGGCGCCUCUGGACCGGCCGCCCGUCGCCGACAGGAGCUACCAGGCGAGGAGCGGGACCGUUUGGCACCCCGACGCUGCUCGCCUCUGCCUGUCCAGCAGGUUCGGGGGCCUCCCCCAAAUGGACUUCGGCGACCCGUCCGGCAAGAGAAUGAAGUUUUCCGUCCCGUCGAGCAGGGAGGUAGAAACUGGCGAGAAGAUGUCUUUCAGAGCGCCGCCGGUGGACGGGCCCAACAGACCGCCGGUCCAAGGGCGGAGCGCGAAACCCGCGUCCCAGGGGCCGGGUCCGUCCUCUGCGUCUGAGGCUCUGUGUCCAAUAAAAACCGGGUCGGCCCCUCUGGGAGGAGGUUUGGAGUCGGACUGGAGCAUGAUGAGCUUUCUGCACUACUCACCCAGCGAGCUGGCGUCCCUGUACCACAGCGCCCCGGCCAACCCCAGCCACGCAGGGGCGGCCAACGCCAGAGCCGGGCCCAGAACGCUGCUGUACCAGCCCUUACCGGGCCUCCCCAACCUGCAGUGGAGGGAUUCCUCGGCGGCGUUCCCAAAUCAGCGCUACGGCACCACCGACAAGAGCUCCUGAAGUAACGAGCGCCAAGGUAAACCACUGGAGAACACGUGGAGUAACAUUCACCAGAGUUUAGUUUGAACUUUAAACCCCCUUUUUUUUUUUUUUUUUUUUUUUUUUUCGUCUUUCACUGGCUUGAAAUGUGUGAUCCCCGAUUUUUCAUUUUGUUCCCUCUUUUCUAGACGUAAACAGAGCUGCUACCUUAUUUUGGAGAACUUUAUGGAAAAUGUAUUUAAUUUCUGGAUUGAAAAAAAGACAAAAAAAAAAAAAACAGAGACUAUGCUCAGACUGUGCCUUUGCUGUCCUUUAAUUUAAUGUAGAUUCAAUGGAGGAAAAUGUGCGGCGGAUUGGAAAAUUCAAGGGUUGAAAAUUUCAUUAUAGACUUAUUUUCUUGUCCAGACGGGAUAAGCACACUGGUAUGUCUCCACUUGGUGUACACUGGGAUAUUGCUGUCAACUGAAAUAUUUAUCCGGACUCAUUCUACCCACACUAAUGUUCAAAUACGGGGCUGUUUAUCUGAGAACAGGAGCAGUGUGUAGACUUGGCUGCGCCUGAGACGGGCUUUUUCGCUCCGUUCCCCUUCAGGCAACAGUUCCACAAUCUUUAGUUGUUUUUUUUUUUCCCCCUUCCAACACACCGGAGAGGGAGAAGUUGGAUGGCCUCGGUCCAUUAGUUUACACGCAGGCCCCGGCAAUGGAUUCCUCCGGAUGCUCUACCUCAUGCUGCUCUCUGUACGCCGAGCCGUUUUCAAAGCUGCUGCAGCCGUGAGGAGGACUGCAGAAGUCUGCAAACAUCACGCACACUGUGACACAACUACACCUACAUUUUGCUUGUGGAUUAACUGUUCCAAACAAAACAAACAAAAAAAAAAAACUUUAUUAGAUUUUGUUUUUGUUGAAAUGCUCCAUUUCAACUGCUAGUCCCUCAGACCCAUCAGCUGCAAACCGUGGUGAUGAAGCGGCCGUGCCUUGGUCGUUUGGGUCGGCACACGUUUCAGCUCCGGAGCGAGCAGAGGGUGGAGAGUUUUUUGCCGUUUUUUUCCGUGUGCCGUUUUUUUUUUUUUUCCGUAUGCAGCCUGGGAAGCACAGCGGCCUGAAAUCGGCCGAUUUUGAUGAAAUGAACUGUGAAGAAAAAGAGUCUCUCAGGUUAACUCGCUUUCACGAUGCUCGGCCCGUCGUUUUGUGUUUCUGUCGCAUUGAAACCCCUCAGAUAGCUCAGGGGUUUUGUAUUCGGCUUGCAUGUAAACUUAAUGUAAAAAUUAUACUGUUGUUUUGGAAAUUGUACGAGAUUUCAGUAAUAAAAGUAAGAGGCAAAGAACUCGUCAAGGUG